CUCGAUCCCGGGACUCCAGGAUCAUGACCUGAGCCAAAGGCAGAUGCUUAACCCACUGAGCCACCCAGGCAUCCCGUAUAUAUACUUUUAUAUAUAUACUGAAAGCCUUAAGUUCACAUCAAUACCUCCAAUUCCAGUCUGAUCACUCAAGUCUUCUUGCUUGUCCACUUUCUGUAUUUGUAACCCCGUUCCCCAACAGUGAGAAAUCUGGCUUCCAUUAUCCUCAAUAUAGUUUUUAAUUUGUGUAGUCCCCUUGUGUAUAUAAUCAGCCACCUGACUUUCCAGGUCUGCACCCCACCUUCCUUUAUUUGUGCUCUGAUCUCCACACUGGGCGGACUUCUAGCUGAAUAGGGAAAUGGCUAUAUUCUCCUGUGUCGAUGGAAAAGCAGAGAGAACUAGUUAGUAGAGAAAGAUACAGAGAUAAGCAAAUACAGAGAAAGAAAAAAUCACAGAGGAAGGACACAGAGAGUAUCUUUGAGUUCCUGAAAGCUUUCCAACUUUUGGGUUUAGUUCUUUGCUGUAGCUCUAUUCCUGCUCCCAGCUUUGUGAGAAGUCCUACAACCUUAUGAUAAAAUUCUUCCCUUUUGGUUAAGCUACUUCAGGUUGGUUUCUGCUACUUGCAAACAGAGAGUCUUAAACAAAGGUAUAUUUAUAUCCUGGCUUGUUCUACAAAAAAAAAAAAAAAAUUAUGGAAAUAAUCAGGGCAAAGGGAAAAUAAAAAUUUCCCAAAGAAAAUGCAUACCACAUGGUACUGUACCGUUGCUUAACAUGGGCUGAAAUAUUAGCUCUAAGAUUUCUAGUGAUCCAAACAAAGUGUGAAACUCUAUCCCUUACAAGACUUUAGGUUUCCAGAUUUAAAAACAAAUCAGCAACUGGAGCAUGAAUAGAUAGAUCAUCUGAACAAAAUGCAGAGUGUAGAAGUGAAGUCUUUAACAAAUGGCCAAUAAGUGGCAAACUGUGUAGCUAUCUGGAAAGAAAAAAUAAUUUGGAUCCAUCCCUCAUCCCAUAUACUGAAUCAGUUCCAAAUGGAUCAAUGUUUAAUUGCAAAAGCCUGGAAGUCUAAAUGUCACCAAUAGAGAAUUGGUUCAAUAAAUUAUGGCACACCCCAGCAAUAAAUGUUAUGGGGACUGAAAAAAAAAAAAGCAAGGAACUCUGUAUAUAUUGCUAUAAAAUAUUUCCUGGAUAUAUUAUGUAAAAACAAGGUAUGGUAGGUAUGUGUAGUAUGUUAUCAUUUUUGUAAAUGAGGAAGUCUUGGCUUGUAUAUGCAUAAAAAACUUCUGCAGAAGAAUAAGAAACACUAGUUACCUGUUAGGGGAACAGGUGUGGGAGAGAGUUUCUUUUUAUGCUGUUUGAUGGAUGAACCGUAUGUAUGUACCACUUAUUUUUAAAAUUAAAUAAAAAUUGGUGAAAAUCAGACAAACCUGCUGAUGGAGAAGCUCAGCCAGUCUUGACAGAUUGAAAAGACAGCAGGAGGGGCUAAAAGUUUUACCUGCCCACAAAUUCCCACUGCUAGUGGAUCCCAGCCUAUCUUCACCCUGAGAAGUCAUCCUUCUCAUGAAGGAUUAUCUCCAAAAAGCCUUACUGUGUGUUCCGGGGGAGGUCUUUGGCUAAGAAAUGCUUUUAUGGACAUCUGCCCAAAGCAUUCUAUUUCCUAAUUUUGCCCAUGAACAUUCUAUGUUUCAGUGAAACUUCAAGCCAAUUUAUGGUAGAUACAUGAUCAAAAUUUAAAAAAAAAAUUUUUUUUUAAUUUAUUUGACAGAGCACACAAGCAGGGGGAGCUGGGAGGGAGAGGGAGAAGCAGGCUCCCCACUGAGAGACCCCAAGGUGGAGAUCCAUGUGGAGCUGGAUAUCAGGACCCUGGGAUCAUGACCUGAGCCGAAGGCAGACCCUUAACUGACUGAGCCACCCAGGUGCCCCAUGAUCAAAAUUUGAGCACAGUAGUGACUGCCUGCACACCAGUCCCAAAACCAGACUACCUAGGGUUCUAAUCUCAGUUGUACACUUAUUAGCUGCUUACUUGCUGGAGGUUAGUCAGUUUCUUCAGCUGUUAAAAAGGGGGCAGUUACAACCCCCACCUCACAGGGUCCAGGUUAGUAUCACAGGCCUGUGAACCCUAGAGCAGCCUGUUCAAUAGUGGUAAAAUGUGGGCCACACAAGACAUUAAAAUUCUUCCAGCACUCACAUUCAAAAAAAAGAAGUGAAGCUAAUGUUUAUCCCAACCUAAAAAAUAUCCCUUCAGCAUGUAAUCAAUAAAUGAUCAGUGCGAUUCUUACAUUUUUUUUUUUUCCGUAAAGAACACAUACAUCCGAGUCCAACCAGCACAUCCCAGUCGGGACUAGCCAAUUUUUAAGUGCCGGGGAGCCACGUGGGGCUGGUGGCUGCUGUAUGGAACCCUGUCUCUGGCACGUAGUCGGUGCUAACUGCAAAUGCUUAAGAUUGGAAGCAUGGUCGCUGUUAUACCUCCUCUGGAGUACACCAGUCUAUCAGGAGGAGUCCUCUGCCAGGGAAGCCUACAUUUUGGGCUAUUCACAGAAUUCUCUUUAAGCCAGUCACGUACUUGACCUCCACCCAUACUUCAAUUCACAGCCACGAGGUUUGGCAGAGGGUUGCGACCUAUGCAAAUGAGCAGUUUACAUAAGUGGGGCUGCCGUCUCCAUCCCAUUAUCCGGUUAUCCCAGUAGUUCCGGGGCGGGGGUGGGGGUGGGGUCUGUUGUCUCCCCAAAUGUGGAGGGCCCUGCACCACCACCGCGGGGGAGAACCAGGCGAGUGGGAAGGCCCUUUAAAAAGGGGAGGCGGUGGUAAGCGGAGCGCUGAGCCUCCGGAGAACAAUUCCGGCCGUGGGGAAGGGCCACGUUUAGGGGGCGGUGCGUGCCAGAGGGGCAACAAUGGAGGCGGACGAAUUCCGAGAGCCAGGAAGCUCGGCCGAGCUGAGCGGGCGCCCCGCACUCUCGGCAUGCGGGCCCAGGACGGCGGCGAAGGCGCCGGGCCACAGGCAGUGGAUCUCCCGGGUCCACUCCCGGCGCAGGGCCGCAAACGCCGCCUGGCUUCCGCCUCCCGCGUCUGCUGUCUCCCGGCUCCUGAGUGGCUGCGGGGCCAGGAUUAACCUUUCACCGCCGCACUCUGUCCAAUCACAGGCUCGCUCUCAUGCCGGCGCCGGGCGAGCAGGGCGAGCGCAGCGUGGGGGCGCGGAAGGGGCGGUGCGGGCGCGGGUGGGAUUCUCCAAGCGCCUGUGCGCCGUUGCCGCGGGCCGUGCGCGGGCUGCGGGCGAGCCGGGCUCUGCGCAGUCUCCGCAGGCGCCGGCGGGAGGGGUCGAGGCGGAGGCGCGGCGCGGCGUAGGCUGCUCCAGGCCCAGGUGAAUGGAGUAACCUGACAGCGGGGACGAGGCGACGGCGAGCGGGAGGAAAUGGCGGCGGCGGCGGCGGCGCCGGGCGGCACCGGGAGGCCUGGGCUGUGACGCGCGCGCCGGCGAGGGGUCCGAUGGUUCUCGAAGGCCCGCGGCGCCCCGUGCUGCAGGUUACCUAGGGUAUGAAUUAAUACAGACUUGGAAACUGAAAGAACUUAGAAUCAGCAUUUUGAGAGCAGAAGCUUGAGCAUGCUGUGAUUUUCCAAUAAACUGCUAUCACAAUGUCAAAAUGCAGUUCAGACAACAGCAACACAGAGAUCUCAAACAUUAAAACGGUCCUCUCCUGCCCAUCGCCCCCUACCCCCUGCCCUCACCUCAAGUAGAAAUGGAGAGGGUGUGGAUUUCCAGAACAGAGAGAAAUAGCUUUUGAACUGUGAUGAUUCUGUUCCGUACGUUGUUGUGUGACACUCAUGAGCCUCUUGCUGAGUUUAUGAGAUAUUUACGUAAAAGUAUAUAUGGUAUACUGUAGGAGGAAAUUGAAGAGCUGCAGAAAAUGCGACCUGCAUCUUGCUCUUAGGGAGCACAUGUGCUGGUGAAGAAUCAGUAAGCUGUGCUAGAGCAAAAUGCAAUGAAAGAAGCACUGGAUGAAUGAAAAGCCCUGCUUUGCAGCCCCUCAGCAUGGCAGGCCUGCAGCUCAUGACCCCUGCCUCCUCACCAAUGGGUCCUUUCUUUGGACUGCCAUGGCAACAAGAAGCAAUUCAUGAUAACAUUUAUACGCCAAGAAAAUAUCAGGUGGAACUGCUUGAAGCAGCUCUGGAUCAUAAUACCAUAGUCUGUUUAAACACUGGCUCAGGGAAGACGUUUAUUGCAGUACUACUCACUAAAGAGCUGUCCUAUCAGAUCAGGGGAGACUUCAGCAGAAAUGGAAAAAGGACGGUGUUCUUGGUCAACUCUGCAAACCAGGUCGCUCAACAAGUGUCAGCUGUCAGAACUCAUUCAGAUCUCAAGGUUGGGGAAUACUCAGACCUAGAAGUGAAUACAUCUUGGACAAAAGAAAAAUGGAACCAAGAGUUUACCAAGCACCAGGUUCUCAUUAUGACUUGCUAUGUCGCCUUGAAUGUUUUGAAAAAUGGUUACUUAUCACUGUCAGACAUUAACCUUUUGGUCUUUGAUGAGUGUCAUCUUGCAAUCCUAGACCACCCCUACCGAGAAAUUAUGAAGCUCUGUGAAAAUUGUCCAUCGUGUCCUCGCAUUUUGGGACUCACUGCUUCCAUUUUAAAUGGGAAAUGUGAUCCUGAGGAAUUGGAAGAAAAGAUCCAGAAACUGGAGAAAAUUCUGAAGAGUAAUGCUGAAACUGCAACCGACCUGGUAGUCUUGGACAGAUACACUUCUCAACCGUGUGAGAUUGUGGUAGACUGUGGGCCAUUCACGGACAGAAGUGGCCUCUAUGGCAGACUGCUGGUGGAGCUAGAGGAAGCACUUAACUUUAUCAACGACUGUAACAUAUCUGUGCAUUCGAAAGAAAGAGAUUCUACUUUAAUUUCUAAACAGAUCCUGUCAGACUGUCGUGCGGUAUUGGUGGUUCUGGGCCCCUGGUGUGCAGAUAAGGUAGCUGGGAUGAUGGUGAGAGAACUGCAGAAAUACAUCAAACAUGAACAAGAGGAGCUGCACAGGAAAUUUCUAUUGUUUACAGACACCUUCCUGAGGAAAAUACAUGCACUAUGUGAAGAGCACUUCUCUCCUGCCUCACUUGACCUGAAAUUUGUAACUCCUAAAGUAAUAAAACUGCUUGAAAUUUUACGCAAAUAUAAGCCGUAUGAGCGGCAGCAGUUUGAAAGUGUUGAGUGGUAUAAUAAUAGGAAUCAGGAUAAUUAUGUGUCUUGGAGUGAUUCUGAGGAUGAUGAUGAGGAUGAAGAAAUUGAAGAAAAAGAAAAGCCGGAGACAAAUUUUCCUUCUCCGUUUACCAAUAUUUUAUGUGGAAUCAUUUUUGUGGAAAGAAGGUACACGGCCGUUGUCUUAAACAGAUUGAUAAAGGAAGCUGGCAAACAAGAUCCAGAACUGGCUUACAUUAGCAGCAAUUUUAUAACUGGACAUGGCAUUGGAAAGAAUCAGCCUCGUAACAAACAGAUGGAAGCAGAAUUCAGAAAACAGGAAGAGGUCCUUAGGAAAUUUCGAGCACAUGAGACCAAUCUCCUCAUUGCAACAAGUAUUGUGGAAGAAGGUGUAGAUAUACCAAAAUGCAACUUGGUGGUUCGAUUUGAUUUGCCCACAGAGUAUCGGUCCUAUGUUCAAUCUAAGGGGAGAGCAAGGGCACCGGUCUCUAAUUAUAUAAUGUUAGCAGACACAGACAAAAUAAGAAGUUUUGAAGAAGACCUUAAAACAUACAAAGCUAUUGAAAAGAUCUUGAGAAACAAGUGUUCCAAGUCAGUUGACACUGGUGAGACUGACAUUGAACCUGUUGUGGAUGAUGACGAUGUGUUCCCACCAUAUGUGUUGAGGCCUGAUGAUGGUGGUCCACGAGUCACAAUCAACACGGCCAUUGGACACAUCAAUAGAUACUGUGCUAGAUUACCAAGUGAUCCGUUUACUCAUCUAGCUCCUAAAUGUAGAACCCGAGAGUUGCCUGAUGGUACAUUUUAUUCAACUCUUUAUCUGCCAAUUAACUCACCUCUCCGAGCCUCCAUUGUUGGUCCACCAAUGAGCUGUAUCCGAUUGGCCGAAAGAGUUGUAGCUCUCAUUUGCUGUGAAAAACUGCACAAAAUUGGUGAACUGGAUGACCAUUUGAUGCCAGUUGGGAAAGAGACUGUUAAAUAUGAAGAGGAGCUUGAUUUACAUGAUGAAGAGGAGACCAGUGUUCCGGGAAGACCAGGUUCCACAAAACGAAGACAGUGCUACCCAAAAGCAAUUCCAGAAUGUUUGAGGGAUAGCUAUCCCAAACCCGAUCAGCCCUGUUACCUGUAUGUGAUAGGAAUGGUUCUGACGACACCCUUACCCGAUGAGCUCAACUUUAGAAGACGGAAGCUCUACCCCCCUGAGGAUACCACAAGAUGCUUUGGAAUACUGACAGCCAAACCCAUACCUCAGAUCCCGCACUUUCCUGUGUACACGCGCUCUGGAGAGGUGACCAUUUCCAUUGAGUUGAAGAAGUCUGGUUUCACGUUGUCUCUACAAAUGCUUGAGUUGAUUACAAGACUUCACCAGUAUAUAUUCUCACAUAUUCUUCGGCUUGAAAAACCUGCACUAGAAUUUAAACCCACAGACGCUGAUUCAGCAUACUGUGUUCUACCUCUUAAUGUUGUGAAUGACUCCAGCACUUUGGACAUUGACUUUAAAUUCAUGGAAGAUAUUGAGAAGUCUGAAGCUCGCAUAGGCAUUCCCAGUACAAAGUAUUCAAAAGAAACACCCUUUGUUUUUAAAUUAGAAGAUUACCAGGAUGCAGUUAUCAUUCCAAGAUACCGUAAUUUUGAUCAGCCUCAUCGAUUUUAUGUAGCUGAUGUGUACACUGAUCUUACCCCACUGAGUAAAUUUCCUUCCCCUGAGUAUGAAACUUUCGCAGAAUAUUAUAAAACAAAGUACAACCUUGACCUGACCAAUCUCAACCAGCCACUGCUGGAUGUGGACCACACAUCUUCAAGACUUAAUCUUUUGACACCUCGCCAUUUGAAUCAGAAGGGGAAAGCUCUUCCUCUAAGCAGUGCUGAAAAGAGAAAAGCCAAGUGGGAAAGUCUGCAGAAUAAACAGAUCCUGGUUCCAGAGCUCUGUGCUAUACAUCCGAUUCCAGCGUCACUGUGGAGAAAAGCAGUCUGUCUCCCUAGUAUACUCUAUCGCCUUCACUGCCUUUUGACCGCAGAGGAGCUGAGAGCCCAGACGGCCAGCGAUGCUGGCGUGGGAGUCCGAUCACUUCCCGUGGAUUUUAGAUACCCUAACCUAGACUUCGGGUGGAAGAAAUCUAUUGACAGCAAAUCUUUCAUCUCAAUUGCUAACUCCUCUUCAGCUGAAAAUGAUAAUUACUCUAAGCACAGCACAAUUGUAGUCCCUGAAAAUGCUGCACGUCAAGGUGCUAAUAGAACCUCCUCUCUAGAAAAUCAUGACCAAAUGUCUGUGAACUGCAGAACGUUAUUCAGUGAGUCACCUGGUAAGCUCCAAAUUGAAGUUUCAACAGAUCUUACAGCAAUUAAUGGUCUUUCUUACAAUAAAAAUCUUGCCAAUGGCAGUUAUGAUUUAGCUAACAGAGACUUUUGCCAAGGAAAUCAGCUGAAUUACUACAAGCAGGAAAUACCUGUACAACCAACUACCUCAUAUCCCAUUCAGAAUUUAUACAAUUAUGAGAACCAGCCCAAGCCCAGCGAUGAAUGUACUCUACUGAGUAAUAAAUACCUUGAUGGAAAUGCUAACAAAUCUACCUCAGAUGGAAGUCCCACGACGGCCGCGACGCCUGGUACUACCGAAGCUGUUCGAGUGCUCAAGGACAGGACGGGUUCUGAGAAGAGCCCGUGUCCUGGGUACUCCUCGAGGACUCUUGGCCCCAAUCCUGGACUUAUUCUGCAGGCUUUGACCCUUUCCAACGCUAGUGAUGGAUUUAACCUGGAGCGGCUUGAAAUGCUUGGUGAUUCCUUUUUAAAGCAUGCCAUCACCACGUAUCUGUUUUGCACUUACCCUGAUGCUCAUGAGGGCCGCCUUUCAUAUAUGAGAAGCAAAAAGGUCAGCAACUGUAAUCUGUAUCGGCUUGGAAAAAAGAAGGGACUGCCCAGCCGCAUGGUGGUAUCAAUAUUUGAUCCGCCUGUGAAUUGGCUUCCUCCGGGUUAUAUAGUAAACCAAGACAAAAGUAACACAGAUAAAUGGGAAAAAGAUGAAAUGACAAAAGACUGCACGUUGGCCAACGGCAAGCUGGGCGAGGACUUUGAGGAGGAGGACUUUGAGGACGAGGACCUGACGUGGAGGGCUCCAAAGGACGAUGCCGACUAUGAAGAUGAUUUCCUGGAGUAUGACCAGGAACAUAUCAAAUUUAUAGAUAACAUGUUAAUGGGGUCAGGAGCUUUUGUAAAGAAAAUUUCUCUCUCUCCUUUUUCAACCACUGAUUCUGCAUACGAAUGGAAAAUGCCCAAAAAAUCCUCCUUAGGUAGUAUGCCAUUCUCAUCAGAUUUUGAGGAUUUUGACUAUAGCUCUUGGGAUGCAAUGUGCUAUCUGGAUCCUAGCAAAGCUGUUGAAGAGGAUGACUUUGUGGUGGGGUUCUGGAAUCCAUCCGAAGAAAACUGUGGUGUUGACACAGGGAAACAGUCCAUUUCUUACGACUUGCACACUGAGCAGUGUAUCGCGGACAAAAGCAUAGCCGACUGUGUGGAAGCCCUGCUGGGCUGCUAUUUAACCAGCUGUGGCGAGAGGGCUGCUCAGCUUUUCCUCUGCUCGCUGGGGCUGAAGGUGCUCCCGGUAAUUAAAAGGACUGAUCGGGAAAAGGCCGUGUGCCCUAUUAGGGAGAAUUUCAGCAGCCAACAAAAGAACCUUUCAGGGAGCCGUGCUCCUGCCUCUGUGGCCAGCUCGCGCUCCUCGGUGUUGAAAGACUUGGAGUAUGGUUGUUUGAAGAUUCCACCAAGAUGUAUGUUUGAUCAUCCAGACGCAGAUAAAACACUGAAUCACCUUAUAUCGGGUUUUGAAAAUUUCGAAAAGAAAAUCAACUACAGAUUCAAGAAUAAGGCUUACCUUCUACAGGCUUUUACCCAUGCCUCCUACCACUACAAUACCAUUACUGAUUGUUACCAGCGCCUGGAGUUCCUGGGAGAUGCGAUUUUGGACUACCUCAUAACCAAGCACCUUUACGAAGACCCGCGGCAGCACUCCCCGGGCGUCCUGACCGACCUGCGGUCUGCGCUGGUCAACAACACCAUCUUCGCGUCGCUGGCGGUCAAGUACGACUACCACAAGUACUUCAAAGCCGUCUCCCCCGAGCUCUUUCACGUCAUCGACGACUUCGUGCAGUUCCAGCUGGAGAAGAACGAGAUGCAGGGCAUGGACUCCGAGCUUAGGAGGUCUGAGGAGGAUGAAGAGAAGGAGGAGGACAUCGAAGUUCCAAAGGCCAUGGGGGACAUUUUUGAGUCGCUUGCUGGUGCCAUUUACAUGGAUAGCGGGAUGUCCCUGGAGAUGGUGUGGCAGGUGUACUAUCCUAUGAUGCGGCCGCUCAUAGAAAAAUUUUCUGCAAAUGUGCCCCGUUCCCCUGUGCGAGAAUUGCUCGAAAUGGAACCAGAAACUGCCAAAUUUAGCCCGGCUGAGAGGACGUAUGACGGCAAGGUCAGAGUCACGGUGGAAGUGGUGGGGAAGGGGAAAUUUAAAGGCGUCGGCCGGAGCUACAGGAUCGCCAAGUCUGCAGCAGCAAGAAGAGCCCUACGCAGCCUCAAAGCCAAUCAACCUCAGGUUCCCAACAGCUGAAACCCCUUUUUACAACGGACAGAAAACAAAAAACAAAAAACAAAAAGCAGAAUUAAGGGGAAAACUAUUUAAAUCGAGGAGGAUGAUUUAAAGUCCAUAGUGAGUGGAAUGAAUUGAAGGCAGAAUUUAAAGUUUGUUUGAUAACAAGAUAGAUUACAGAAUAAAACAUUUAACAUAUGUAUAAAAA